UGUGGAUUGUGGAAAGAUGGCUGGUUUGCAAAUGUUGUCUGAGUCGGAGGCAGGCAGCAAUGAUAAGGAAGGAAACAUCAAGAUUGGUAAUUGCAACGGCGGCGUUAGCAAACCCCACAACGCCGUCAACGGCAACAGCGGCGACAGCCUCGACGGCGGCGGCAGUGGCGGCGGCGCGGGUGGGGGCGGCAGCGCGUCCGACAGCGGCGACCAGAUGGACGCCGAUACGCGCGAGAGGGAGCUGGCCAGGCGCAAGGAGGAGGCGAAGCGCAAGCGCAGGAAGAAGAAGCGGACCGGCUCCUCGUUGGUCUCCUCCUGUUUCCAAGAUUUGUACAAACUGACGGGCGAAGUGUUGGGCGAAGGCGCCUACGCCAGCGUGCAGACUUGCAUCAACAUGUACACCGACCAGGAGUUCGCCGUGAAGAUCAUCGACAAGGUGCCCGGCCAUGCGCGCGCCAGGGUGUUCAGGGAGGUGGAGACGUUCCACCAUUGUCAAGGCCACCCGAACAUCAUCCAGUUGACGGAAUUUUUCGAGGACGAAGAAAAGUUUUAUUUGGUUUUUGAAAAGAUAAACGGCGGCCAGCUGUUGAGACGCAUCCAGGAGCACCAGCGCUUCAGCGAAGCGGCCGCCGCCGAGAUAGUGCGUGAAGUGGCGUCCGCUCUGCGCUUCAUGCACGCCAAGGGCAUCGCGCACAGGGACCUUAAGCCGGAGAACAUCCUGUGCGUGCACAGAGACAGGCUGUUCCCCGUCAAGAUAUGCGACUUCGAUCUCGGCUCCGGCAUCCGGUUCCAGUCGAGCGUGUCCAGUCCGUUGGCGACGCCGCAACUGUUGACUCCCGUGGGCAGCGCGGAAUUUAUGGCGCCCGAGGUGGUCGAGGCGUUCAUCGGCGACUCGGAGACCACGGCGUACGACAAGCGGUGCGACUUGUGGUCCUUGGGCGUCAUCAUGUACAUCCUGCUGUGCGGCUAUCCGCCCUUUUACGGCAAAUGCGGCAGGGACUGCGGCUGGGAGAGAGGGGAUAACUGCUCGGCGUGCCAGGAGCUGCUCUUCCAGAGCAUCCAGGAGGGCAGGUACGAUUUCCCUUAUGCCGAAUGGCGCAACAUAUCGGACGAGGCCAAAGAGCUGAUCUCCAGCCUGCUGGUGAAGAACGCCAGACAGCGCAUCAGCGCGCAGAAGGUGCUGGAGCACCCGUGGCUCGAAUGCGCCAGCGAUACGCCUCUCACUACCCCCGAGGUCAUCAAGAAGAACGACUCCGCCCUGGACUUGUCUCAGUUCGCGGAAUCUGCAAUGGCUGUGAACAGAGUGGUGCAACAGCACUUCAGCAUGAAGCUGGACUACCUGGAGCGGCCGAACGUCUACCCCUCGGCUGCGAAAGAUGGCGGCGACAGGGGGCGCCACUCGUCCGGGCGGCUGUUCGGCCUCAGCCCGCCCGGCGAGAGCGACCUGAUGCGCAGGCGCGUCAAGGCCGGCAGCUGCUGCCAGUUCCUGAUGACUGCGCCAGCGCCGGCCAUACCCAGCCCGAGCGGCUAGUUGCCGUUUCUCGUUCGGGAUUGGCGGAGAUGGGAGCGUUGGGCGUGUCGGUUCAGUGGGUGUUUACAAAGCGCGAUGGCACGAAUUCAAUCUGACCUGAAUUGGGGCAUCUAGAGACAGUACGCAAAGAGACAAGGCGCAACAAAUAAUCCGUGCGAAAUAUCCGUUUAUUACAAGUCUGGAAAUAGGGAUUUUUCCGAACACGGGAAGUGUAAUGAAAGACAUUUUUUAUUACACUUCGUUGGAAAUGGAAGUAUAAUAAAAUAUUACAU